AUGCGGAACCUCCCACAACCCCCGCAAAGCUUCCUCCAGAGGAAGGGCAAGAUCCUGGACCAGCUUGCCAUUCCAGACUCAGAGUAUACCGAUGCAUCACCAAAAGGCUCAGUAGAUGCGGGUAUCAGGGAUCUGAUUGACGAAAUCAAUGGACUGCCAGGAUUCGUGACGACAAGCAGCUGUGCGGGGCGCGUGAGCGUCUUCGUGGAGGGCAAAAAGAGUGCAGAUGUUACAGGCCAGGACAAUGACGAAGGGCUGACCGAGUCAAGUCAGGAUGACUCGGCACGGACAGCAACAGUUGCUGGUGUGGGCGGCAAAGGAGGAGGAGGUAAUUGGCUUUUCGUGAGCCACGAUCCGGUAGAGGUGGAGCAGGGUAAAGAUUUGCGAGAUGUGUUUGGCAUCAAUAGUACCGAGGCGGCGGAGAGGCUGACGACGGGCGCUGAGGAUUCGACUCGCCUGAUUCAUUUCAAAUUCGAACCCAUGAUUCUACAUGUUCUGACCGCAUCUCCUGAACAUGCACAGCUUCUCCUGAGAUGCGGCCUGCAGGCAGGCUUCAGAGAAAGCGGUGCUCUCAAUUUGAUAGCACCUGCUGGUGAGCCAGUCACUCCCAUUGUGGCAAUCCGAACCAUGGGUCUGGGCUUGGAAUCACUGGUUGGCAUCCAGAAGGGAAACCAGAUACAAUGCACGGUAUCGCCUGAAUACCUGCAGACGCUACACGCCAUUAGCCAUGAGAGGUUUGCCGAGAACACGAAGAGGAUACAAAGGUUUCGAGCGGCGGUUCUGGAAGCUUCUCAGCCGCCUAAAAAGAAGGAUGGUACAGAAUUGGAAGACGCUGCGACCCGGAGAGAAAGGAAGAGGGCAGAGGGACUUCGACGAAAGGCCGAAAUGGAGGCUGCCAAGACAGGAAAGCCUGAUCUUGACCAUGCCGAUGCAUUAGAUUUGUCCCUCAACUCAGAUCUGACAUGA